UUAGGUCCUGGCAGCACCAUCCGGCUGCGGGGUGAGGACACUGGCUGCUUGUUUUGUGACCGCAAACGAACACUGGAUGUUUUUUUUUUCCUUUUGAUCCCUUCAUAUAUAUUUAUUUUUUGUUGUUGCUGCUGGAUUUAUGCCCACGCUGUUGAAAACAACGUCGCGGUGACCCAGCGGGGGGAAAAAAACACGCACCGGAAUCGAUGGGGAAGAUAAGUUGACCGCCUUGCGAAGGAUUUUUGUUUCGCCCGUUCUAGGGAAAGGGAUCGCACGUCUGAUCAACACGAUGGGGGCUGCAGGAAAAGAGAGGCUUCGGCAAUUUUGACAUUUGGAGGAGAAGACAGCGACCCCGCAUUUCGCAUCCUUCGAGUCAUUUCGCCGUGCCGUCCAGCUCGCUGCAAAGCUGAGCUUUCCGAACCGACUCGGGGAGGCUCGUCCGGCACUGGCCGAAGCGGGAUUUGGCAUUUAUGGAGGGGAUUCUGUCCACUUUUCAACACCGAAAAUAAGUGAGGCGGUUUGCAGCCAGCUACCAAGUCGUCGGCCGUGGCCUUGCCUGAGAUCCGUGCAACUUCCCCGAACUGCAUGCAGCCCUGGCGGUGGAAACGGCGUCGGUGCUGGAUCGGUGAACAUGGCAAACGUGAAGAAAUCUAAAAGAUGAACGGCGCAUUGCUCGGUCGACACGCAUUCGUCGAUUAUUUCCCCUUUCACACUAAAAGAGGGAAAUAAGAGCGGAGCUUCGAGCGCGGCGCGGUGCUUCCCUCCACCACCAUGAGGGACAAUUAAGGCCGUGCACAGUUUAUUUAUUGUGGGGGGAGCGGGUUUUUUUCUUUUCGUCGCAUCCACAUUAUUUUAUUGUUAUUAUUAUUAUUAUUAUUAUUAUUAUUAUUAUUAUUAUUAUUGUUAUUAUUAUUAUUAUUUUCAGUUGGUUUAGCAUUGUUUUCCUCAUCUCGGAUACUCUGGUUGUACGCGAUUGUGAUUGUAGUCAACAUUUAGGGAAUUUGCUGGUGGUGCCUGCGUAUAGAACAUUUUUCAGAAGUAGGUCAGAUCUUAGAACAAGAUAAAGCGCGCUGGCCGUGGAGUUGGCUGUAGGAGAGUGCGCACGCAUGCUAAUAUGACAUCAAGUCACACUUAUUUUAAUAUAUGCCGAGCAGUUUGGUUUGGAUGUGUAUGUCUCGGUUGCAUAAAUGACAGUUUGACGACCACUGCCGCUAUCUCGACAGCCUUCCAUCUCCUCGCCCGUUUGAUCUCAUUGGAGACCCAUUUUGCUCUCGUCCCUUUUGUUUUUGUUGGGGUUUUUUUUCCUCUCCCGGCUGUUGAGUGAAUGGCUCUUUGCGGAACGACGGCUACCAACGCCGCAAAAAUGAUGGCUGCGUACAACGGCGGCGCGUCGGCAGUGGCGGCCCAUCACGCACACCACCACCACCAGCUAGCGCAUCUCGCUCCCCCGCACCUCCAGCAGCAGCAGCAGCAGCAGCAGCAGCAGCAGCAGCAGCAGCCGCAGCAGCACCACCACCACCCGGGUCAGCACCAUCUGCAGCACCCCGGCUCGGCCGCGGCGGUGCACCCCGUGCAGCAGCACGCCUCCACGGCGGCGGCGGCGGCGGCGGCCGCGGCGGCGGCGGUGAUGCUGAACCCCAGCCAGCAGCAGCCGUACUUUCCCUCGCCCGCUCCGGGACAAGCUCCCGGCCCGGCGGCGGCCGCGGCGCCGGCGCAGGUGCAGGCGGCGGCGGCGGCGGCCGUCAAGGCGCACCACCACCAUCACCAGCAUCACUUGCAGCAUCAGCAGCUGGACAUUGAACCCGACAGGCCCAUCGGAUACGGAGCUUUCGGCGUCGUCUGGUCAGUGACUGACCCCAGGGACGGCAAGCGUGUGGCCCUCAAAAAGAUGCCCAAUGUCUUCCAGAACCUUGUCUCCUGCAAGAGGGUCUUCCGCGAGCUGAAGAUGCUCUGUUUCUUCAAGCAUGACAACGUCCUGUCAGCUCUCGACAUUCUGCAGCCCCCUCACAUCGACUACUUUGAGGAAAUCUAUGUGGUGACAGAGCUCAUGCAAAGUGACCUCCAUAAGAUCAUAGUGUCUCCUCAGCCACUCAGCUCUGACCAUGUCAAAGUCUUUCUCUACCAGAUCCUCCGAGGUUUGAAGUAUCUGCACUCCGCUGGCAUCCUGCACAGAGACAUCAAACCCGGCAACCUUCUGGUCAACAGCAACUGCGUGCUUAAGAUCUGCGACUUCGGCCUCGCUCGGGUGGAGGAGCCAGACGAGUCGCGUCACAUGACUCAGGAGGUGGUGACGCAGUACUACCGGGCACCCGAGAUCUUGAUGGGAAGCCGUCAUUACUCCAACGCCAUCGACAUCUGGUCCGUGGGCUGCAUCUUCGCUGAGCUGCUGGGACGCCGCAUCCUUUUCCAGGCCCAGAGCCCCAUCCAGCAGUUGGAUUUGAUUACGGAUCUGUUGGGCACUCCGUCGCUGGAGGCGAUGAGGACCGCAUGUGAAGGAGCACGGGCUCACAUUCUCCGAGGGCCGCAUAAACAGCCUUCGCUUCCUGUCCUGUACACCCUCUCCAGUCAGGCGACCCACGAGGCCGUUCACCUGCUCUGCAGGAUGUUGGUCUUUGACCCGUCGAAGAGAAUCUCAGCGAAGGAUGCCUUGGCCCACCCGUACCUGGACGAGGGCCGCUUGCGGUACCACACGUGCAUGUGCAAGUGCUGCUACACCACCUCCUCCGGCCGGGUGUACACCGGCGACUUCGAGCCCGUCACCAACCCCAAGUUCGACGACGGCUUCGAGAAAAACCUCACCUCGGUGCGACAGGUCAAAGAGAUCAUUCAUCAGUUCAUCCUGGAGCAGCAGAAGGGGAAUCGGGUGCCGCUCUGCAUCAAUCCCCAGUCCGCUGCCUUCAAAAGCUUUAUCAGCUCAACAGUAGCCCAACCCUCUGAGAUGCCUCCAUCUCCUCUUGUGUGGGAGUAGCUCCAGAAGAAGAUGAUGAUGAUGAUGAUGAUGAUGAUGAUGAUGAAGACAUGAAUGCCAUGGUGGUUUCCUUUCCCACACGCCCCCUUCCCUACACUCCUCCCACUCUCCACCCCUGGACUACUGACGCCCAGGCGCCCCCUCCCCGAUCCUGCGUAGCAUUUCACUGGAGUCCAGCGCUGGCCAUGGCGCUCACACGUGUACUGUAGUACUAAUGAAAUGAAGAUUAAAGACGCAACCACUGCUGACCAAGGGGGACCAGUAGUGAGGGGUGGGUAAAGGGCACGUGUUCGGCACACGUGUCCC